CUUCACCCCGCGUUGAAAUAAAUAAUUUAACCUUCUAUCUAGAUUAUCUAGAUUAUCUAGAUUUCAACUCGAAAUCGUUUACGAUAUUGAAGAGUCUCUAAGGACCCCUAGUUGACUUCCUAAGAUUAAACCACGACCGCCAAAUAAAUUGAGACGAUAUCCUCCCUUCAAACUAUCAUGGAGUCCUUAGAGGCUAUUCAGGCUCGGCAUCGUAAAGAACAGCGCGAAUUGCAAGCGCGAAUCACGAACAAGAAGAAGAAUGCGACAAAAAAGACGCGGAAGGGUGUCAACGAUGAAUGCGCCGAGCUUGAGAGGCAGUUAAAAGGGAAACAGGAACAAGAGAUUGCUGCGAUAAACGGAGAUGGCGACGGCGACAGCGAGGGACGUGCAACGGGCGAAAUAGAGGAACAAGAACAACAAGAACAACAAGAAGCUUUGCAAGAACAAAAUCUCAACAGAGGCGCGACGAAUGGGAUAACAGAGCAAUUAAAAGAUAUAACCAUCUCCCCGCCACCAGAAUCCGACCCGGCGACACAACAACAGCAGCCCAAGAAGCGGAACCGCCAAAAGGAGCGGAUGGCGCGGAGGGCAGCAGAACAAGAAGCAGCCACCAUAGCCGCCGAGCAAGAGGCAGCCAACAUGACAGACCACCGGAAAAUCGAGAAGACAUACCUGCUCAAAGAAUUCAAGGCUAACAACCUAGUCGAGAAGGAGAUACAGCCAGACGGGCACUGUCUAUUCUCCGCCAUAGCAGACCAGCUACAAACGCGAGACAUACCACUCGGCCCGGACACAGAGACAAAAGGCAAGCCGGCGUACAGAGUAGUACGGCAGGCAGCAACGGACUACAUGGAAGCGCACGCGGACGACUUCGCGCCGUUCCUGGAGGAGCCGCUGGACACGUACGUGCCGAAGAUCCGGGACACAGCGGAGUGGGGAGGGCAACUUGAGUUAUCGGCAUUGGCGAACGCGUACGAUGUCGAGAUUAAGGUGCUGCAGGACGGGCGGACGGAGACCAUCGAGCCGAGUACGGAUAAGGGGGGGGGUGCGGAGAGGCAGAGGAUAUGGCUGGCGUAUUAUCGCCAUGGGUACGGCCUUGGGGAGCAUUAUAAUUCGCUGCGGAAGGUGGAUUAGAAUAUCAGAAAAGAAAAAACAUAGAAAAAUAAUAAAAUAAUAAAAUAGAAGAGAACUUGGGGUUCUGGGCUAGUUUCUCCCGAGAGUACGUGGCUACGGUAUACAUCUACCUCGGCAUGAUCCUCGGCAUGAUUAAACUUAUUCGUGUUGAAGUACGUAGGCCGCACGAUUUAUAUCCCCCAAAAACGUCCACCGAGGGAGAUUCUGCUAUGUUUUAUACGCUGUG